AUGGCAGUGGCUUGUCAAGUUUCCAAAAGGAAAUCAGAACAAUUGGAAUACUUCUUCAGUGGCACCAGUGCACAAAUAAAAGGUGACAAUCAAGAGCUGGUUAAAAUGAGAGGCAUUGCAGUUUUGCCCAGCUGUAUGCCUGUCGAAGAAGAGUGGUGGGAGAAGAGAGAGGCGGAGAAGACAAGCAAGAAGGGCGUGGAGUGUCGUUCCCGCCCCGGAGUCGGAGGCGCCGGGAGGCCGGACGCCGCGAGGCUGCUAGCCCAGGAAUGUGCGGUCCAACUCGCCGGCCGCGGGCGGAGCGCGGCGGGUGCGGGGCAGAGGACGGCUGGCGCGGGGCAGGCUGCAGCGGCGGACCAGACGCGACGCCGCGCACCUGAGCGCCGGGGGCGGGGCGUCAGCGGCCACGACCCUUCCCACCGCGCGCCGCGCCCCUCGCGCGCCGCCUCGGCCUUUUCCGCUCGUGCUUCGGCGCCGCUCGGCUCCCUUCCCGCCCCUGGCUCCCUCCCUCCCUCCCUCCCUCCUUCUUCUCCCUCCCUCCCGUCCUGGGAUUGCCUGGAGCUCCGCACCGCGAGUUUGCCGCGGCACUUUCCGCGCGGCGGAAGAGCGCGCGCCAGCUUCGGCACACCUGGGAGCCGGAACCCAGCCCUACGCCUCGUCCCCUACAAGCUCCUCCGAGCCCCGCCGGCUGCUGUGGGAGCGGCGGCCGUCCCUCUCCUGGAGGUUGUCUCCUGGCAUCCUCGGGGCCGCAGGAAGGAAGAGGAGGCAGCGGCCGGAGCCCUGGUGGGCGGCCUGAGGUGAGAGCCCGACCGGC